AUGGAGGCUUCGCCCCUCACCCAGCAAACGAGACCCGAGACCUUUCAGCCCAAGAUCGUGCAGCUUUACGAGACCCUCUUCAAAACCGACGAUGCAGAGCUUUCAGAGGGCUUCUGGAGGGAGUUCUUCCUGCUGUCUCCUAAUAGCAGCCAGCUGCAUGCACUGCUGGACGGUCUGAGUCCCGACGAGACAUUGAGUCUGCAGACGCAAACGAGGCAUCUUUUCUCCCGCGCAACUCGCGAGGCAGCUGCUGGUGUUGCACCGGCUGAUUCUUAUGCAUUGGAUACAUUGUCGGUGUUCUUGACUAGUGUUUUGAGUAAGAAAUACACAAACCCUAGCUCAGACGUCAUCACCGUUCUAGCUGGGCUGGAUGAAGUCGACAAUGUCAUCGCCGAUUUUGUCUCUGUCCUGGAUGCGAUUAUCCGCAAUGGCAGUAGCCUUGAGGUGCGCCGCAAGGCCAUCAGGGUGGCCGUCGCCAUGACCAGCGGGGCAUACAAGACCAGCCUCGUCUCGUAUUUCACCCAUCGCGAUCUCUUCCCAUCGCUGAUGAAGUAUGUCAAUGACUCUGAUACUCCUAUGCAAGUCUUCGACCCUUUUCUUCUGCUGGGGCUCUUGGCAAACUACAACAAGUUUGAAUUCCAAAAUCCCUACCAAUUGCGACUCGACGAUUUCGUCAACGAGUCGAGCAUUCAGAAGGUUGUGAAGGGCGUCGGUCUCACCUGUGGCGGACUGCGCAAUGGAUAUAUCGCCGUGCAGGAUGAUAUUCCCGAGGGCUGGAACUUGACAAGUACUCUCGUCUUCUUCGGCCUGCGGGCCCUUACCCCCGGUGCGCGAGACAAAGCAAACCCUCCUACAGCCGAAGAAGCAAAGGCAAUGUUUGCUGCUCUACCCGCUCAAGAAGCCGCCAUCCUGAUGGCGACCUACGACUUCACCAACUCGAACAAGCUCUUCGGCUACCACAUGGUCCACAUGAUGCCCGAGAACAAGACAGAUGAAUCGCCCUUCUCAAGUCUCCUCUCCUUAACCUCCUACCUCCAGCAGCACGCCUACCGCUCCAUCAGAAGCGCCCACUACGCGGAACUAAGCCUUUUCACUCUCCGCAUCCUAGUCGAAGACCCAACCCUGUGCAAACACGUGUGCAGUGACAGCGGAAAACGCACAGUGCGUCUCUGCCGCCAACGCCAGCCCUACCUGCCCCUCGUCGCCGGCGACCGGGUCCCAGCAACAGUAAUCCUCGACAUAAUGAUCGACACACUCACCCACAAUCUCCGCCGCCGCCUAGAUGUGAACAUCUACAGCCACGCAAUCGCAAUCACCCUUCGCAUCCUAACAUACCUAUCAAUGAACAAAAUCCGCCUCACAUAUCACUGGUCGGAACUCUGGCGCACCCUCCUCUCAACAACCCGCUUCCUAACAACCUACGCCACGGACCUAGCAUCCAAUCCCAAAAUCCGCACCCUAACCACCUCCCUCGCUGACCUUAUGGCCUUCACCGUCUCCGCAGGCGAUACAUUCCUUCCGGACCCAGCAUCCUACGAUGACCUAUUCUACAAGCUCGUCGAAACAGGACCCGUCAUCUCCAAGUUCCGCGACGUUUACUUCCCCAAGGGAAAGGAAACAGAAAAAGAAAAAGAUACACACUCCGCAGCCGUUGAAACCCUCCUAAGCGUCUCAACGCAUUUCUACACUCUACUCUUCCAAUCCGACGGUGAGAAUACGGCGGUAGCGCCUAGUCCGAAUCCGGACGGCGAGCCGACGCCUGUUGCAUUGCCGGCGAUUAAGAAGAGGAAUUUGAGUCCGAGGGAGGUGCACCGUAUUAUCAAGCAGGGGUAUGAUACGCUUAGUAUUCAGCCGCCGGAAGGGUUGACAACUUGGUCGAAGUGGAGGGAGACGGAAUGGAAGGGCGAGUUGAAGAGGGCGGCUAGGUGUGCCGUUGAUGAUGCGAGGCAGAUUGUUGCUUAG